CUAUAGUUCAUCAAAUUCUUCUAAUUCUACUAUUGUAAAUUCUAAUAUGGCUACUAUAUACAAUUCUGCUCAUAAUGAUGAAAAUUCUGAUAAUGAAGAAAACCAACUUUAUCCCUCUAUUCAACUUCAAAACAGACCUUGA